AUGCGUCUUCUCAGUUCCUCGAGCGGGGAAAUGAAAUUCUUCCCUUCACAUACCGGCAUCCCUCCUUAUGCUAUACUCUCACAUACCUGGGAGGAGGAAGAAGUGUCGUUUCAGGAUUGGCAAGGAGAGCGUGGAAAAGUUAAAAAGAUGAAGGGCUUCCGAAAAAUAGAAUAUUGCUGUCAACAGGCGGUCAAAGACGGUCUUGAUUGGGUUUGGGUCGACACCAGUGCCGAGCUCUCCGAAUCUAUCAACUCGAUGUUCAGAUGGUAUAAGGAAGCAUCUGUCUGCUAUGCCUAUCUAGCCGACGUGAAACACAGCGCUAUAUCGACGAUCGAGAGUCAGAUCGCCGAGAGUCGCUGGUUCGAGCGCGGAUGGACGUUGCAGGAGCUAAUAGCAUCCGAAAAUGUGAUCUUCUACUCUGAGGACUGGUGCCAAAUUGGGACAAAGUUACAGCUCUCGGCUCUCAUAUCUAGUAUUACUGGUAUCGACGAGACGUACCUAGACAGCGCGAACACCCAAAACGCUAGUAUAGCACAGCGUAUGUCCUGGGCGGCAAACAGGAAAACCACGCGUGACGAGGACAUAGCAUACUGUCUCCUUGGUAUAUUCGAUGUGAACAUGCCCCUUCUAUACGGCGAAGGUGAACGUGCAUUCCUAAGAUUGCAGGAAGCGUUGGUGAAGGCUUAUCCGGACGACCACACACUAUUUGCUUGGGGAACGGUUGUUCGGCGGUUUUCUAGGUCCACACUGACGGACGCCCAAAUACUAGGUUACGAGCCUAUUGAUUACAAGCCCGAAGAUGAUGGGUCACUCCUUGGGCUUCUAGCUAAGAGCCCAGCUGACUUCAAGAGUUCAGGAAAGUUUGUACGCCAUUGGGAUUACCAAUUGUAUUUCCGUAGCUGGAGAUCUCCACGAAUGGUGCCAACCGUUGUUGGUUCCUCAAUCCAUGUAGAACUACCCAUGUUUGAACUUACCGAGUUUACUCAGCCGAAUGAAACCCAUAAUUAUUGCUCUUUUAGUGAUGGGCUACCCGUGGGGCGGCAGCGGGAAGUCAGAAUUGCGAUACUAACAUGUGGUUAUUACGAUGAGAAAGAAUUUAUGAUAAUUGCAAUUCCUCUCAUUACCUGUUCGGGUAGCUAUGGACGUACGCAACAGAUUGUUAUCAACGAAUCUACUACGCUUAAAAAGUUUCCCAGGUCAAUGCUGCGCGACAAUUGCAUCAAAAUGAUCGUCGAACGUCAGCCGUGUUAUCAGCCGCAUACUAGAGAUAUAGUCGUGAGGAGACUUGUAUCUUCUAUGAACUUUAAGACUUUUUGUACCACUGAGACCAUCGAGAAGCAGCAACUCAAUUCUAUCUUGAAGGAGAUACGUCCGACACAGGGUCGUAUCGUGGCCUUUCUAUUUCAGUAUGAUUUCACCAUGGGUUUGGCGAUAUGUAUAAGUCGUGUGGGAGAGCGCCAUAACGGUACGGUUAAGCUACAUUUCGCCGUGCUGCACAUAGAUGGCACUGCUGCUACAGAAAAUUCUAAAGAAGAUAGAUAUCAAGGAGAUGCAGAAACAAGAAAGCUGGUAUUUACAGAAUCUCGGUACAGCUACACAUAUGAGGAUUUAGAAUAUUUAUGGAAUAAUUGGGAUAGCCUACCUGGCGGGCAAACAAUGGGCUUUCCCCAACGGUGGGCAAUUGCAGGAAGUAGGUAUGGGCCCAGAGUGCGUAUCGCCACGGAGCGGAUAUAUAUUGGGGGUGAUCCCGAGCAGCCCGUCGAUAUAGUAAAUAUUAUAAUCCAGCCUCAGCUAAACCAACUGUAUUUUGUUCCGGAUUGGAAAGGGAAAGUGGAUUAUGAGAAUAUGCGGCUGGGGGAUGGAUACACUUGGGGGGAUGAUACCGGAUGGCGUAAGACGAGAAGGGACGAGACGAGCUCAGGAGAGUCCAGACAGACCAAGACAAACUCAGACAAGCACAAAUGGAACGAGAUACGCUUAGACGAACCUAGGCGAGAGGAGGCGAGAGGAGGCGAGACAAGGUCUCGAGAAUGGUUCGGAGAGGGCUAG